CGCGAGAUCUUGAUAUUUGUUGUGUUAUGGCGGACACUAUGCAAAAGGCUGAACUAGAUUUUUGAAAUAAGCCGUUUAUUUAUUAAGUAUGUCAAGUAUAUACGAUGAGCACAGGCUAAAGGAAGCACAAAACUUUUUUAAUGCAACGGGUUGUAACUUGAACAGUGCAAGAAGGUUGCCAUCAUCAACAUCAGCUGUGAGAAGUAACACAACCAUGGAGAGUUUAAAAGAUAGUUCGAGCAAUGACAUGCCUAAAAUAGAUCUGAUGAACUUCGAGGAUCCUCAGUUUGAGGAUGGGAAAUAUGUCUUAACAAGUCCAAGGUCAUUAGAAGCUUGCUCUAGGCUUGGUGUGAAGCCAGUGGACAUACUAUACAAGCCAUUAGCUGAGUUUCAAGAAGAACUUUUACCUCAAGAUGUGCCAUUACGAACCAUUUACAACAUAUAUGAUGAGCAUGAACAAAAUAGAGAAAGAAAGUUAGCACUGUGUCGAGAAGAGAGACUGAGAAUCAUGGAUGAAGAAAAGGGUGGUCAGCCUAUCUCCAGAAAACCAACUGUCCAAAAAACUAAGAAGUCAGCAAUGCCAAAAUCUCAGUCCAGAAAACCAAAAUCUGGACUAGCUACAAAGAAAAUAAUGUCAAAAUCAGCUGAGAAGAUCGAUACAGGUAGCCUGCAAAGACAGAGAACAGCUUGGGCAACUUCUGUAGGCCAUGAUAGAAUAACUAAUGAUGAAAUCAACCAGAGAGUUAAGGACCUGCACACUGAAAGCCAGAAAUUGAGGCAAGAGCUUUUGUCAAGAAAGGAGGCCAGAUCUCAGAGGCAAAAGACAAAAAAGGAGCGACCAGCAAGUGCCAAGGGUAAUAGGUCAAAGUCUUCCAUAACUAGAAGCUUCAGUGCAUCAGACCUAAGUUUGGCUGGGACCUCCAUGUUACAUAGAUCAGGUACUGCUGAUGCUAGACCCGUUGCCAGCUACAAACUGAGAAAGGUGUUGAAGAAAAACGAUGUGAAAUCUGCGGCCAUUACUCCUAGGGAUGAGAAGAUUUUAGAGUUGAUGGUGAGUAAGCACGAGGACGAGGAGGCAGAGACUAGGGAGAAGUUAUUACAGGAAUUACAGUGGGAACGACAGAAGAAGGAAGAAGAGGCUGCAAGGAUGGCCAGUGAGAUGAGGAGACGUAAACUCCUAGCUGAUGAACAAAGAAUUAAUCAACUGAGAAAGUCUGAUCAAGAUAGCAGAAGGAAGGAAGAAGAGCGGAAAUUGAUAGCACAGCAAGAAAGACUGCUUAAUGAAAGUAGAAGGAAGUGGGCUAUGAGAUACAACUCUAUACAGAAACAUAAAAAUCUGAAAUUAUCUGAAAGUGCCGAAAAAGAAAAGUUGAAGAAAAGAAUUCAGGAAAGUAAUGUGAAGUCAUUAGAGAUGGAAGAAGAGGAAAUGAAGGAAUUGGUCAGACAGAAACAAGGUCAUCAACUUAUGACAGCUGCUCAAAAGAAGGAGGCCAGACUUCUUGAGGAAUCUAUGAGAAUUAUGAUGUCUAACAGGUCAGAAAGACGACAGUUUGAAGACAGAUGGAACUCUACGCUCAAAGAUACAAAGGAGAGUUUAGAGUUGUUGGCACAAUCCAUGACUGAAAAAGAUAUGAAACAUAAGUCCAAGUAUGAUCAGAUUUUACAUAGACGAGAAAAUGAACUUACUUUAAAUAGACUGGACAGAGAAAAAAGAGCACUGCAAGCGAAGCUUUCUCAACAACAGCAUGAGAAUGAGAUGGAGGAAUGGAGAGAUAGUAUCAUGACAGCCAGGGAGAUGGCAGACAGGCAUGCAGCUGAGACUAUAGCACAGACAAUAGAGAGGAAAGCCAGAAAGGCUCAUGAGGAUAGGAUCAGGAAGGAACGUGAACAGAAGAUUAACAUUAAAAAAAUACAUGAUGAGAUUAGUGAGUGGAAGAGAGAAAUGGAGAAUACAAUUGACUAUAAAGAUAAGAAAUCUGAUUUGAUACAGAAAGAAAAAGAUCUUGCAAUGCAACAGUCAAGGCAUGUUGCAGCCUCGUCUCAGAAGCUCCGAGAUACGUUAAGGAACAAGUAUGGUACGGAGACGUUCGACAAGAUGGCAUUUAAAGCGGAGGUUUAUAACAAGUUUGAAUCUGGAACAACAUUCCUAUCCUCACAGAAGAACAGUUCACAUGUCAAGUUUCAUUAACAGAUAUAGCGUGUAGACAUGAUGUGAUAUAUUUUAUAUUAAAAUAGUUCUAUAGUUAAUGCAGAACAUGUUAAACUGUUUGUGUACAUUUUUAUUAUAUAAUAUUUGUUUUAAAAAAAAAUUUGCUUUAUUGAGACUUGUGACAAAGCAUUUUGAAGUAGUUUGCAAGUUGAUUGAUAUAGAAAAUUUAUAGUAAAGGUUUACAAGAUUUUUUAUCACUUAAGAUGGAAGGCACUAUGUCAGUAAGCAUUUAAUGAUUGCAAGUCAGCUAGAUUUAUACUUAACUGCUUUCGAAUAUAAUGAUAUGCCAGUGAUGUCCAAUCAACUAUAAUAACAAAUAUUUGCAAGAAACGUGAUAUUUUUACAUGUAAACAACAUGCAAGUACUGUAUUUUGAUUCUAAUGUAUACAUUAUCUUGAACAAUUUGUUUUUUAUAGUCUGUGACAGGCUUGAGGUCUUAAGAAACUGCAUUUAUUAAAAGUGUGCCUUAUACACCCUUACAUCACUAAAUAUCUUAAAUGGACCUGUCCAUCUUUCAAUCAGGACAAAACCAUUCAUGAUUUUUAGGGUAAAUUUCAAAAUAAGUUCUAACACUGACUAGCAAACAGUGCAGACAAUGAUCAGACUGCAGGGAUAUGAUGGAUGUUAAUGGUCUGCACUGGUUGACUCAGUUGUCACCAACAA